AUGAGCGCCUUCCUCGCCUACAAUGCCAGCCAGAAGGCGGACGCGCCGGCCCCGAGCCCCAUGCUCAAGUUCGCGCGGGACGUAGUAGCGGGCACCUGCGGUGGGGUCGUCGUGACCCUGGUUGGCCACCCGUUCGACACGCUGAAAGUUCGGCUGCAGACCCAGCCGGCGGACAAGCCCAUCUACAGUGGCGUCGUUGACUGCGCGAAGAAGACGGUGCAGUGGGAGGGUUUCGGGGGGCUGUACAAGGGCGUGGCGUCUCCGCUGGCCGGGCAGAUGUUCUUCCGCGCGUCGAUGUUCUCCGCGUACGGGUACACGAAGCGCUGGCUCAUCACCGACUCGAACGGUGUCGCGAGGCCGAUCACCCUCAAGGACGGCUACCUCGCGGGCGCGAUCACCGGCGCCGUGGCGUCCCUGACGGAGAGCCCGAUCGACUUUUUCAAGUCGCAGAUGCAGGUCCAGAUCAUCCGGGCCAGGAUGGACUCCUCCUACAACCCCCCCUUCACGACGGUGUUCGGCGCCGUGCGCGCGGCGUUCGCCGCCAACGGGAUGCUCGCGCCGUUCCAGGGCUGGUCGGCGACGUUCAUCCGCAACGUCCCCGCGAACUGCGUGUACCUCGGCUCGUUCGAGGCUGCAAAGAACUACGAGGCCGCCCGCCGCGGGUGCACCGUCCCGGAGCUGCCCGCGCCGUUCGUGCUGACGUCCGCCGGUAUCGGCGGUCUGCUGUACUGGGUCACGGUGUACCCGAUCGACGUGAUCAAGUCGGCGAUGAUGACGGACGCGCUCGCGAAGACCGAGCGCCGGUACCCGUCGUUCCUGGCCACGGCCUCGAGCCUGAUGAAGGAGGGGGGCGUGAAGCGGUUCUACAAGGGGUUCGCGCCCUGCCUCAUCCGCGCGAUGCCGGCGAACGCCGCGAUGCUCUUCACCGUCGACAAGGUCACCGAGGCGUUGAGCAUGUGA